CGAAGGCGCAGCACAGACCGGGGAGGCCGCAAACGGCCGCGGCCGAAAAGGCCGGAGGCCCGCGAAGAAGCGAGCGGCGGAGGGAGGCCGCCGCAGAGCGAGGGAGCAGGCGGAGGGCGCGGCGGGGAACGGAAGGAACCAGACAAAGCGCGCCACCAACGAAGAACGGCCAGGCACCACCACCAGAGAAGCAAGAAAGAGCGCGCAGGCGGGCAAGCCGGACAGGGCGGGACCGGGGAAGGGGCCCCGGGGAGGCAAAGGAAGCCGCAGGCGCCACGCCGGGGGGGGCCCGGCCGGCAAGGCCGGGAAGGGCAGCCGGGCGACCAGACGCCCCCCGGAACCAAAAACGGGGAGGGCGCAGAAGGGGCCGGCGGAGGCCGGAAAGGAACAGCCGCCGAGCCCGGGGCGGCAGCGGGAGGGGGAGACGAGGACGGGAGCGGAGCGGCGGCGAGCCCCCAACGGGCGGGCGGGAGGAAGGAAAACAGCCGGGGCAAAGCGGGCGCAGGGGGCGGCGGCAGAAAGCCAAGAAGGGCACCGCGGACGAGGAAAGACGAAGGCCCCCGACGGGCCCGGGGAAGCAGGACGCCGAGCCCGAAGGCCAACGGAAGAGGACCGAAAGCCGAGAAGGGGAGCCCAGGCGAAGGGAGGCAGAGCGGAGGCGGGCGGGGAACACGCGAAGGGCGGCAAAGGAACAGCGCCGGAGGCACGACCCGGCCAGGGAAGGCCAGGAGCGCAGCGCCGGCAGAAGGGACGAGACGACAGGGGCACACCGGACGGCGGACCGGCCGGCCCAGCCAAAGGCCAAGACGAGCGGGGGAACGGCAACAACGGAAAGAGACGCGAGGGGAGCGGGAAGGACCGCGGCGGCGGGCACCAGACGGCCCGCCAAGGGAGCCGCGGGAAGGAGGGAGAGGGGACGCAGGCCAAGGACCAGACGCGAAGAGCCCGGAGGGGAGGGAGGGCACGACCGCCCGGGGCAGGAGGGGGGAAGGGCGCGCCGGCGGCCGGCCGGGGAGGGGAGCCGGGGCGCAGGGCCCGCGCCGGAAGCGAACCCGAAGGCGCGGCACCCGGCACCACCAGGGGAGGCCACGAGCCGACCAGCGAAAGGGGAGAGGGCAGAAAGGGGAAGGAGGCGGCGCCAGCACGAAGGCCAGGCGAGCCGGCGAGGGAGCAGGAAGCAGCGCAGCAACGGGCAGAGCCCGCGGCGACCGGGAGCGAAGAAAGGCAGCCCGGCCAGAAGGCGGGGGGGGGGCACGGAGGAGCGCGAGAAGGACGACGGGGAGCCGAGGAGCAGGACCAGCAAACAAACGAGAACGGAGGGAAGGAGCCAGGCGCAGGGGCACAGGCGGAAGGAGGGCAGACGGACACAGGCAGGGCGGAAGCGGGGAGACAAGCAGAGGACGACGGGCAGGAGCAACCAGGGAGCAGGCCGCACCGACGCCGACGGCGCACGAGGGCAACGAGCGCGAAGGAGACGGGACGGCGCGAGGCGACGAGGGCAGGCGGGCGAGGCGGGCGAGGGACGCCAAGGGCAGGCAAAGAGAGAGCGACGAGCGCCGGCCCGCCCGGGGGCCGCGGCCAAGAGCGCGGGCGACAGGCGGGGGCCGAGACGCAGCGGGGCGGCGACGCGGAACACGGCCGCGCCGGGCGCGGGCCCCGACGCCGCCGCAGCCGACCGGCGGGACGGCGGGGGAGAACGGGGAAGGGGGCAGCCGAAGGCCGGCGAAGAGGGAGGCAACACAGGAAACCCGGGGGCGGCCAAGGCGAACGAGGCGGCGCGGCGCCAACGAGGGAAGGGGAAGGGGAAGGAAGACGGCACCGCACCAGCGGGGAGCCGACCAGCCCAAACAGGCCCACCGCGACCCACGCGCCGGCACGAACGGCACCGGCGGAGCACCCACGCCGGGCAGCGACAACCCCAAGCGGGCACCGAGGCCAGCGGGGAGGCCAAGAGCAG